UUGAUCUUGAUCAUACGUCAAAUUUAUCAAAACAUUCUAAAAUUUUCGCCGUUUUUAAUGCGGCGAACGAAAUAAACCUGAAAGUGCUGAAACGUAUUAUUUAUUAAGUCAAUACAAAUAUGUCCACAAGAAAACGGAGCGGUUCUGGAUCGAAAAGGCAAUUCAAGGAAAAAGUGGUACAAAUAUACGAAUGUUUGCUCAAAGGGGAAGAUGUAUCCCAUCACAAUGCCCUUUUUUGGGAAGAGUUUUUUCUCUUGAAACCUAAAGUAGCCACGAUAGAAAAUGAAAUUCAAAAGUUAUCGUUAGAACAACUGCAAGCCGCUAAACAGAACAUCAACAUUCUAUUCAGCCAAUGCAUCGAAAUAUUAGACCAACAAAAUAUACGAGUUGCCUUUGGUUUGCUAACGUUAUCUGCCGUUUUACACGCCAUUUUUAAAAAAGGCUUAGACGGACAAAUUGAUGCUGUAGAAUUUUUAAUGGGUUUCGAAAACCUUGUACCGAAAUUACAAAAGCUGUUAAAAAUGUGCCAGAGUUUUCUCGAAGGUGACUCAACGGAAGCGGUAAAAGCACUUUGCCUCAAAGUAAUUCUCAUUUUAACUACCGGACUAGAUACAAUCAAUCAAAACUCACUUAUCGAGUAUAUCAUGAUAACACCUUUAUUUGAAUGCCUCGUCAAACUUUUAUGCGACAUGCCAACAAGGCAAAGACAUGGUUAUGAUGUCAUAUUAAUAAUAACACUGUUAGUAAACUACAGAAAAUACGAUAAUACAAAUUCUUAUGUGGUUAAACUGUCCAUUUUAGAUGACGAGUUAGCUCUAAACGGCUACGGGCAAGUAAUAACAUCAUCUCUAUCAGACUUCUGCAAUCAGUACAACACAGAACACGCCGAAAACCAGAACGCCUCUUGGUUCUCCUCUCUAACGAACAUCGUAGGCAACAUGUUCAUAUCCGAAGAGGGCGGCUUCAGGAUGCAACAAGUCAGAGCCAACAACGCCCUGCUAUUGGCCUUCUACGAAGCGGUACACUUGAACAGAAAUUUUAUAACCACGCUAGCCCAAACGCAAACCGACUCCAGUUCCCCGCCCUCGCCGAAUAACACCUUGAGCAGCGUCCAGGGUGUGCCGGAUCUGUCUACGGCUCCUGCGACUUUCGACGUCACGAGUCAGCCAUCCAAUUUGUUAGUCAUAUUUUUCCAAUAUUGCUCAAUAGUUAUGCAAGAUACAAAGACUGAAGCCGGGACAAAUACAGUAAAACUGUGUUUUCUCGUUCUUAGCUGCAUAACUGAAGAUCAGUAUGCGAAUUCAUUGAUGCAUGACGUGACUUUGGCCUUUAAAGUUAGGCUGCACAGGCUGCCUAUGAGGCAUCGUAAACUUGCUUCCGAUAAAACCACUUCCAGCCAACCUUUAGUGUGUACUCUAUUGGAUUUAUUGGUAGAGUUCAUAUUGAGUCAUAUGAUGAAAAAGUUCCCGAUGGAACUGUACCUUCUAUGUACAGGUGUUCUGCAAAGAGUCUUAUGCUAUCAGAAGAAGUGCCGAAUCAGGUUGCACUACUCCUGGAGAGAUUUAUGGACUGCACUUAUAUCUUUACUGAGAUUUAUUUUACAAAACGAAAAUUACUUGGGCAAGAAGAUCAACAUAUUCGAUCUUGCCAUUAAGGUUGUUAAUAUAUUGAAUUUUUUUAUUACGUACGGUGAUAACUUUUUACCGACGCCUGGCAGUUAUGAUGAAUUGUAUUAUGAGAUAAUUAGAAUGCAUCAAGUUUUCGAUAACAUAUAUUCUAUGGCUUUACGAUAUUCCAGCGGAGAUGGGGACUUUAAAGAGGAUGCACUUAGAUUAAAUAAUACAUUAUUUAAUGUUCGAGCCAUCAUCAAGCAUUUCAAUCCAAAGAUAGAGCAAUGGUUGGCCUCUACUAACUUAUCAACUCCCUCCGAAGAGCAAAUAUUAGAGAUAGUAAAGAAAAACUACGAUAGUCUUACUUUAAAAUUACAAGACUCGUUGGACCAUUACGAAAGAUACACCGAAAAACCCCAAUAUUCCAUGUUCUUUACAAACAUGGUUAAAACAAUUCUUUCAGAUACAAGAAAUAACAAUAGCUGUUCGUUAUCAAACUUUACUACAAUCGCCAAUGAAUAUCCCGUAAUAUAACUUAUAUUUCAUUGUUACAUAUAUUUUAAAGCAAAAAAAAAGAUUUUUAAGUAUCAAAUUUUAAAUACGCGUUGAUUUUUUACAAUACAAAUUGCGAGAGAAAUUA